AGUGUGUCAAAUGCUUUUAAGACAUAGUUGCGGGCCGGUCUAAGCCAAAAAUGCCAGGGCCAAUUUUUUGUCCCCGUCCAGCCCUGAGUGGAGGACAAAAGAAGAAGUGGUAGGUCUUAAAAACAAUAACAACAGCCAACCAACCAACCAACGAAAGAAAGAAAAAUCCAGCAAAGACCCAACACAAGACCUGACAGAUGCAUUUGGCCCUUUAACUGAUCUAUCUACUGUCCACUGAAACCUCAUGAGUGAUAUGGCCUCAGUAGAAGGAUGGCUGCCAAGAAGCAGUUCUCAAGGAAGGGAAACAGGGAGAAAAGGCUGAGGUACACCAAAUGACACAAGAACUGGAAUGAAAAUUAGUGGCUAUGGGUCUUGUCUGGAGUGAUGAAUCCAAAUUUGAAAAUUCUGGUUCAAAUCAUGGUUGAGGAGCUCAGAGGGGUAUAACAGUAAGUAUAUAAAGCCAUCUGUAAAACACAGUGGAGGCUUUGUCAUGGUUUGGGGCUGCAUUUCAGAUAGUGGUUUUUGGGAGCUUUUCAAAAUUCAUGGAAAUAUGAAUUCAGAAAAGUAUAAUCAGAUUUUGAUCCACAAUGCAAAACUAUCUGGAUAACAUCUGAUUGGCACCAGCUUAAUUUUUUUCAGCAUGACAAUAAUCCCAAACACACACUAGAAAAAAGGGGAGAGGUGGCUCAAGACUUUUGCACACUACUGUAUAAUGACUUGAUCCCUUUACUUUUCAUCAUCGGGUUCUUACUUUGAUUUAUUACCAAAUACUUGCAUGACUAAUGUGAUUCCCAUCAGCCUCAGCUGUAACUUGUUUCUUGUGCUAAUUCGCAAACUCUUGGAUAACUCUUGACUUUUGUUUCACAAGUUGUCUGUCCAUCUUUUGGUCUUCCUCAAACAGUACAGGGUAUCACUGGGUAUGUUGGAUGUUGACAUAUAUCUACAUCUGUUGUUUAUUGUAGUGUAUAUUAACAUAUGCUGAUUUAAUCUUUAAAGAGCUGAAAUAGACCAAAGAACAGAACUCCAUAGUGAAAAUGAAUGUGAUGAACCCUGGGAACAGCCUGGGACACACUGAGCCCAAACCUCCAGAGAGAGAGCAGUGGGCCAGUAAGCUGGAGUUCAUCCUGGCAGUAGCCGGACACAUUAUUGGGCUGGGAAAUGUCUGGAGGUUUCCAUACCUUUGCUACAAAAAUGGAGGAGGGGCUUUCUUCAUUCCUUAUGUUUUGUUUUUGUUCACCUGUGGCAUCCCACUCUUUUUCCUGGAGACAUCUUUGGGCCAGUACACCAGCCAGGGUGGAAUAACAUGUUGGAGAAAAAUCUGCCCACUGUUUGAAGGUUUAGGUUACGGAAGCCAAGUGGUUGUUUUGUACACUGGAAUGUAUUACAUCAUUAUACUGGCUUGGACGUUUCUCUACCUGUUUUCGUCCUUCGGGGCUGAACUUCCAUGGGCGAGCUGUCACAACAGUUGGAACACAAAUGGCUGCUUUGAACAUGGUCAAAAUCAAACGUUUCCUGUUGACCCAUAUGGAAACAGUACAUCUUCAGUUGUUGAAUUUUGGGAGAGGAGAAUUUUGGGCCUGUCUGAUGGAAUAGAUCAAAUUGGUAAUAUCCGUUGGGACCUGGCCCUUUGUCUACUUCUUGCCUGGGUUUUGUGUUAUUUCUGUAUCUGGAAUGGAGUGAAGACCACAGGAAAGGUGGUGUACUUUACCGCCACAUUUCCAUACGUGAUGCUGGUGGUGUUGCUGGUUCGUGGUCUCACAUUAUCUGGAGCCAAAGAUGGAAUUAUCUUCUACCUCUACCCAGACCCAUCUCGUCUCACUGAUCCAGAGGUAUGGAUGGAUGCAGGCAGUCAAAUUUUCUAUUCCUAUGGAGUUUGCACAGGUGUUCUGACAUCAUUAGGAAGUUACAACAAGUACAACAACAACUGCUACAGGGAUUGUGUUUACCUUUGCCUGUUAAACAGUUUAACCAGUUUUGUAGCUGGUUUUGCCAUAUUCUCUGUACUUGGUUUCAUGGCAAAAGAACAAGGUUUGGAUAUAUCGAUGGUAGCUGAAUCAGGACCUGGAUUGGCAUUUAUUGCUUAUCCUCGUGCUGUGGCUUUAAUGCCGCUUCCUCAGCUCUGGGCGAUUUUCUUCUUCAUCAUGGUCAUCUUUCUGGGAUUAGAUAGUGAGUUUGUAUAUCAAGAGGCGCUGGCCACAACAAUCUCUGACAUGUACCCUUCCUUCUUUCAAAACAACUGUUGCCGUAAACUCCUUCUUCUUGGCAUUUGUGUUGGAAGCUUCCUUGUUGGCCUUCUGAUGGUAACAGAGGGAGGCCUUUAUAUUUUUCAGCUGUUCGACUACUAUGCCUGCAGUGGGAUGACUCUCCUACUUUUUGCUAUUAUUCAGUCUCUCUGUAUAGGAUGGGUCUAUGGUGGAGAUCGUCACUAUGACAAUAUACAGGACAUGAUUGGGUAUCGACCAUGGCCUUUAAUGAAAUAUUGUUGGCAGUACUUCACACCAGCUAUCUGUACUUGCACGUUUCUCUUCUCCCUGGUCAAAUAUACCCCACUCAAAUUCAACAACACCUAUGAGUAUCCCUGGUGGGGCUAUGCCAUUGGAGGCUUUUUUACUCUCUCCUCAACACUCAUGGUUCCUCUGUGGAUGUUGUAUUCAGUGUGUGUCACUCCAGGAACACUGAGACAGAGACUGAAACUUCUGUGCACGCCAGCAAAGGACUUACCUACUGCAGGACUGAAGAAAGCAUUAAACCAUGAAGCAUUUCAGACUUUCACAGACUUGCACACGCUGCGUAAGACAGCAAGUCCAGAUGGAGAUGAACUAACACAGGGAUCGUCUAUUAUAUAAACUGCAAGAAAAAAUGAACUAAAAUACAGCCACAGCAGCAAAAAAUACAUAUCACAGUUAUAUUUAAAAUUAAUUACUUAAAUACCUCUAAACAUCAUCUGCUAAAUGUCCAGCAAUAAAAUACCAGCGAGAUUCUGAGUAAAAAAUAUUGCUCUUCUGUCAAACUUUAUUGCCCUGGAUUUAUAUUUUGCUACCCUGUCUUUUCAUUUGGGGGGGUUCCUGUAAAAAAGACUUGGAAACACCACUGAAGGUGGAAAAAAGUCCCUCCAACAACCCUGAUCAUUGAAAAUGAUCAUCAAUCAAACAUGAUACUGUAAAGGACAAUUUUUUUGUAGAAGA